UAGUUGUUCAUUGACAUUGACUGACCACUCUGACACUCUUCCCUUUUUUAAUUUAUUUCAGCUCUAUAGCCGCCAUGCUAGCUUUAACUCUUUCCCUAUUUAGUCAACGCCAAACCAAACCAAAACCCUCAAUUCCAAUUUUCAAUUCGCAAUUCAGAUCAUCCAAUUUUGUACCUAGGUUUUACUCUCCGCCCCAUGUCUCAAAUGGGUCGAAGGCAAAACGACCCAGAACCCUACCGUUUCACUUCUCUCACUCUCCUCUUAGUGGGUUUUAUCUCCUGUGCAGUAGUGUACACUGUCCUAUCUGUAAUCCUUAAUCCCAACACCAGCUUUACAAAUUCGGAUUCUAAGUCUUUGGUGUUGAAGGAGAAGAGUUUUGGGAGUAAUGUUGAUGAUGGUGGUGAGUGUUGUAGAGGGAUUGAAAAUUUGGAGCUGUGGGGAGAUGCUGUGAAGUGGGGGUCAGAGUUUAAGCUUAGUUCUGCGAAGGAUUGUUGUCAGGCUUGUAAGGCUAUGUGUAAUGGUAAUGAUGGGCCUUGUUUGUGUGAUUCUUGGGUUUUUUGUGGGAAUAAAGAGAGUUGUGGAUCACAGUUUGGGGAGUGUUGGUUGAAGAAACAGAAGGAUUCGUUGGCACCUGCUCGGCAAGAAGGAGGUGAUAAAGUUAGUUGGACUUCAGGACUCAUUUUUGGUAAAGGAGAGGGGAUUGUUGGUCUGGAAACAGAAUAUGGAACUCUUCAUAUAAAACUUUUCCCUGACUGUGCUCCGCAUUCUGUAUACUACAUUCUUGAGUUGUUGACUCUGCACCAUUGCGCUGGUUGCCAUUUCUUCCGUGCAGAAAGUCGAGGCAAAUUUUGGGAUUCUGAAGGAAACCACAUAAAAGAUGCUCCUUUCGGCCCUCCUUUUGCUUUGAUUCAAGGAACACUGGAAGCUCAUGGGGAAGCUUUCAAUAAAAUCCCCACAGAAGUAUGCCCAACCAUAGAAAGAGGUUCAGUUGCUUGGGUUGGUUCUGGCCCGGAAUUCUUGAUUAGCUUAGCUGACCACCAAGAAUGGAAGAAAGCGUACACUGUGUUUGGUUCGGUUCUUCCAGAAGACAUGCAUAUCGCAGAAAAAAUUGCCCAACUCCCGGUCAGAUCAGAUGUUUGGAACAGUAUUAACGUAUCUGUUUUGGAGAAACCUGUUCCCUUGAUGGUCAGAAGAAUCAAGAAAAGCCUCGGAGAAGUUGAUAGGAAUGUGAAAGUAAACUGAAAAUUUGUUACUAUACCAUUAGUUUUGGUUGUUUUUUCAAGUAUCAACACAAAGUCAUGUAUAACUCUAUACAAAUUGAGAAUCAAAUUUCAUGUUGUUAAGAAGUCAUCAAAAAACAAUAAUAUAAAAAGCAUGAAUUAACAUCAA